AUGAGGAACCCAGUCUUGUCGAUCCAGUUUGAUCUUGAGUCAGGUCAAACCAAAUGCAUUAUUUACUGGAGAAAUGAAGCUCAACUCACACUUGCAAAGUACCACAUUGUUAACCCUAACGAGGGACACCCUUUACCGGAUUCUCACAAAACGUUGGUUUUAACUUGUAUUGCCUAUUUUUUUGUCGUGGGCAUUUGGCAAUUCUUAUUACCGCGUGGACAAAUUCUUGUGUUUUCUAUUUCUUCUUGUUCUUUUGUACUAUCGAAAGAUGAGUGUGGGUUGGACAAGACUGGAAAAAUGCUAAAGAGAUUCUAUAUGAUCAAGAAAUAUAUGAAGUUAAAAUUAAAUUGGUCCGAGCCUGAUCACUGUAAGAAGGAACCUCAUCUCCUGAAGUUACAGGACUAUUUGCUGAAAUAUUUAGAGAGAGUUAAUACUCACAUGGGAUGGGAUGGGAUGGGGUGGGAUGUUACAUUUGAUGUUUUUCUACUAACUAGUGAGCUGAAGAACAUGUACAAAAAUGUUAUAUGCAUUCACGAUGACAUGUUCUAUCUUUGUGAGAGGAAAGAAGAAAUGCCGGAGCUUAACAAAUCAACAAACUCGAAAAUGUCACGUUUGAGUUUUCUAUCGCUUUCCAUUUUCUUGUCUGUGGCAGGACUGCAGAUAUGGCAUUUGAUGUCCUUCUUUGAGAAGAAGCUUCUUUAA